UGAACAGGAAAAGAGAGUUAAACCCACGGCGGAGCCGAGCCUCGACAGAAGAGCCAACGAUUUUUACCCGCGCUGCUUCGAACUGUUUGCCUGGUGCAUAAACGCAUGGUUCUGAACUAGAGAUACAAAGAGAAGACGGACGAAAUAAUAAUAUAGCCUAAUAGUAUCGCCUCAGUUGUUCUCACUUGGAGCUUGAGAUAAAUGCUGUUGAUUCAGUGCAGGGAAGGUCUGUGUUGUGGAUUUUGAAAAGUACUAUCAUUAUCUUUUUAAUUGCUCAAAUAUUGUGUGGUUUUGUAAAAAAAAUUGUGUUUGCUAUUUGAAUUUUGUUGGAAAACUUCGUGACAGUUCUACAUACUACGGGCGGUGAAACAAUGUUCAAAACAUUCCUUUAAAGUCGAAAUCGUAAACGAACGGAACAAAACAUCGUAUUGUCUUUCACUUGCACAGAAGAGAAACCUUGACAUCUUUAUUAUUGGUGGAGUGUUGUGUUUAUCCCGGGAAAUGUUUUGCCACAGUGGACGGUGACACCCCUUUAAGAGGACUGUGCUUGUAAGCGCUCACAGCCUUCGUGUUCUCUCACACACACCUGGACGUUUGGACCUAUAAUGCCUUCUGUGUGCGCGCUGCCACCUAUUCAGUCUCACUCUAUGGACGAGGUUUACUCACGAAUAAACGAGGUAGUGCUCAAAGCCAUGAAGACAGAGGCGCUCAUCCUGUCUGUGUCCGUGACAGGCACACCGACCUCCUUCGACAACGACAGAUACAACCGCCCCGACAACACUUACGACAACUACGAGUGCUCUGAACUUGCACUCAUGUACAACGAUGAAUCUGUUCUUGAAAAUCAUCAUCUCGCCGUGGCAUUCAAAUUGCUCCAGGAGGAAAACUGCGAUAUCCUGUCCAAUCUCACCAAAAAACAGAGACAGUCACUCAGGAAAAUGGUCAUUGAUAUGGUAUUGGCCACAGACAUGUCCAAACACAUGAGCCUAUUGGCUGACCUCAAAACCAUGGUAGAAACCAAGAAAGUUGCAGGAUCAGGGGUGUUGUUGUUAGACAACUACCAGGACAGAAUACAGGUGCUUCAGAACAUGGUUCACUGCUCCGACUUGAGUAACCCAACAAAACCUCUGGACCUGUACAAGCUUUGGGUGGAUCGCGUCAUGAACGAAUUUUUCCGACAGGGUGACCUCGAGAGGCAAGAGGGUCUGGACAUCAGCCCUAUGUGCGACCGGCACACAGCAACCAUCGAAAAGUCACAGGUGGGCUUCAUUGACUACAUCGUGCACCCUCUAUGGGAGACCUGGGCCGACCUGGUCUACCCUGACGCACAGGAAAUCCUUGACACCCUGGAGGAGAACCGAGAGUGGUACCACUCGACCAUCCCCAUCUCUCCCUCUUCCUCUUUCUGCAGUAACAAGGCAGACGAGGAGGACAAGUUUCAGUUCAACGUAGAGGAGGACGGAGAGACACAGAGUCAGAGCAGCGCGGAGAGCGAACAGUCAGUGAUACGCGUGCAAGCCCCUUCUUCCCCGUCAACUUUGUCAAAUGCUGCUGCCGCUGAUUCGUCCACUCUCACUGCAAACUCUGUACGACAUUCUUCCUCCUCCUCCUCCUCCUCCUCGCCGCAACCAACCACCCCACUGGAAGCAGGGGCCAGCAGAAGUGGUGCAAACAUGAACAUUAAUGCCAACGCCCACAGUCGAACAGGCACAGAUCACAGAGGACAGGACAAGAAAUGACUGUGCUGCUGCAGCGUUCAAACUGACUCUGACUAGGCUGUGCAUAUACAAAGACUUUUCUACCACGAAGAUACCAUUACCAACGCCAGUUUCUUUUCCAUAAUUCUUCAUUAUUUGCUGUUUGUGCGUGUGGUGUGUGUGUUUGAGACAAUAUUUGCCACCACACCACAUUUCAGAACUGACCGUUUUCCUCACAAAAGGUUGGAAGUGAACUUUUCGUAACUCUAUUAACAAGUAGAAACGAAAACCUUGGGUAAGGUAGAAAGAGAAUGCUGCAAGUUCUGCUUAAUGCUUUAUGGUUUUCCUGGUGUUGAGAGAGGGAUCCCAAGUUACUUUUCAUGCUUUUUUUCUUUUUAAAUUAUAAUAAUAACACGGUUCUUGUCUUUUGUCCCAGUUCACCCGAUCUACAGUUCACUAAAUGACAGAGCUUUGCUGUGAUAGUCUGUAUGACUUGACUUGCUUCACCUAAGGGGCAACAGAGUGACUGCAUGCUCAUUACUUUGCAUAAGGAGCGCACUGCGAUAUUUGUAAACCUUUUUGCUCCAGAGUUUUUCUAUGGUUGCUGAUCCAACAGUCACAAGAGGACUCUGGUACCCCGCUCCCCCGUCCCACCCACCCCCAAUUCCCCACCCGGAAAUGAGCAUCGUCUGGCGCAUGCUCAUGCUGGCGUUGUCAUCGCGAUCACAAUACCAAAUUUGACAGGGAGCAGCUCAUGAUGUGAUGAGCUGUGUGAAGUGAGAAAGAUGUGGUCAAUGAGUGUGUGGCUAUUGUAUCUGUUGCUGGGAGUGAGUGAAUGAUCGAGAAAGUUCUAACUUCUACUGCUCGUAAUGUACAUAGCAUCUUUUGGCAGAUUGAUUUUCUUUGGUAUGUCUGUCUUUUGGAUUUAACAGUCAUCAAAUGAAUUGUUUGAUAUGUUGUGUGGUUAUAUAUAUAUAUAUAUUAUAUAUAUAUAUGUAUAUAUAUUAUAUAUAUAUAUAUAUAUAUAUUAUAUAUAUAAUUUAUUAAGAAAACUAACGUCCCAUUAACUUACCUAGAUUGGUCUUCAAACCGUUUCAUGCAUUCUAACAGACAAGUUUCGAUUGUAGCCAUUUUCAUGUUAUACAAGCAAGGUCUUUGGUUUGUGUCCAGAGAUUCCUCCUCUCCUAUGUCCGUGUACAUACUGUGAAAAAACAAACCUGAAACGUCUCUCUUUUUGAAUAUGUGUUUUCUUGAAAGGUCUUCGACCCAAGCAUAUAAUGUCAAAUGUGAAGUGCUGUGCAACUGAUUUAGAACUCUUUGCUUUCUUUUGCUUUAGUUCUCAGAACAUGCCACUAGGCCUCUGAAUAAUGGGACUCCUAUCUUUAUUCCUAAAAAUUUAGAUCGGUUUCCUAUCGGUUCAGGAAAAAACAUCUUUGCCUGGUGGACUUUUCAUCUCAUAGAAUGUUUUUGGGUGUACUAAACAAUGUCUGUAUUUUAUAACAACUAUGUUUAACAACUUGUGCUGUGCUUUGCCCUCUUGAAAAAAAAACAAGAGCUACUUGCAGGGUUUUUUUUAGAUCUGAAGAUGUUGAUAAUGUGCAUCGAAGAAUGUCAAUUUUUGCUUCAUGCAAAGAAGAAACCCCAAGACUUCAUUAUUAUACCCUUAUGUGGAAUUUGUAGUAAUUCACACAUUAGGGAAAAAUUGUGGAAAAAUUAUGCUACAGUUCAGGGCAGACACAGGAUUUUUACUCGUACUUGAAAAUUUCGCUCUAUUUUAACCCGUUGUGAUAUUUUCAGUGUUACUGUUUCUUUAUCAUAACUUUAUCAAGUUCGAGUCUCUGUUAAAUGUAUGGAUCAGGUUGUGAGCUAGGGAGUUAGAUUGAAAGGAGAACAAAGACGAGCGGCAUUUUGCAAGGGCCAGUACUGAGGGUUUGAGAAAAUGUUUGACAAAGGCGUAUGUAUGUGUGUGUGAUGCUUACUCUGUGUUACAUACUGACAGAUUCAAAUGAUGACCUGACUUUUUAUCUUUCCAUCCUCCUAUUCUUUGGCUGUCGCCGACAGUAUAUUAUGUGUGUGUAUAUCAGGCAGAAUUUACUGAUCUCAUCGUAUUAUAUGGUACUACCACACGGUCUGUGGUCUUAUAGUUCUGAGUGACAGAACUUUGGACAAACUAGCAACUUUUCAUUGGUCAUUUGAUUUUGUUUUCCUCUCGUUUUUAUUUUCAUGGAGAAUUUUAAUAAAUAAAGAAAUGUCCUGACCUCUGCUGUGGCAUGGCCUCAUUUUCAGGGCUUGUAAUCAAUUCUCAUUCAGUCCUACUGCAGAAGAGGGGGUGAAGAUUUCAUUAGAACUAUGUAUCUUUUAGAUUCCAUAAAUCUUUAUGCUUCAGAAGCACUGUUAUCAUCUGAUCAUAUGCUCCUCAGGCCAGCAUUUGACUGUAAGGUUAACAGACCUAGCUUCAACCUCAAGUUUUUUUUCAUAAUAUCUGAAUUAUUCUCAUUUAGUUUAGACAAAAAAAUCGUUGGCUGUCUGACGCAGAAGAUAUAGAAAAUUGAGUUCCGGUUGUUUUCCCUUGACGUAUUGCUCCAGGCCUUGAGUAAUUGGACAUGCUACGCAUUAUCCAGUCUCGCCUUAUGGGCUUCACCACCCCUAGCAUUUGAAUGAUAACCCAAAAAAUAUAAAACUGAUAGUUUGUAAAGGAGAGGAAAAGAGAGCUAGCUGUAAAUUCUUUUGUUUAGUUCCCAUUUAUCAUUUGAAGUUUCUCUAUUGGCUGGUCAGAAACAGAAUGUGGGCUUCUGAUUCAAAAACUCAAAGGGCUGCUCUUACCUUUUACUUUAGAAAUUCUAGGUACAAAAUGGUUGAGAAGCAGUUUUUUUUUAUAAUUGUUGUUGUUUUUGUUCAUUUUAGGAAAAUGAAAAAAGAUUUCUCAGAUAGUAGGCCAGAAAGGGAAUAAAACAACAGAACUUAGGUGGGCAUCGGUAACUAUAAAGAAAAAGGAUUUAUCGUGCUGCAGUCUUUUCAUCUUGCAACAUAAUAAACGAUCUUUCCAUUUCUUUGCACUAUUCUAGUAGUAUGCAACCACUGGCUUAGCAACAAAUCAGAUCUAGCCAGCCUUUGUUCAUUUUCCUCAUCUCCUUGCUUUCAGUCUUAUUAAUAAAUAGUUGGAAAAGAGAUCCCUUUCUCCACUGAACUUUCUACUUAUACUGAGUGGCACCAAACUGCUGGGUAAUGUAAUUCAUCGAUCCACACGCUACGAAGUUAGCUCAUUUCCCUUCUCUCUGCGGUUUGUGCUAUGAGAAACUUCAGGACGUAGAGAGAGGGGAUUCACCUCCUCAUCAUAGCCUGCCACGUAAUGUGUCCAUAUCAUACACAGCAUUUGUAACUGACAAAUCAUAAUUCUAUACUGAUUUGACUUAUGUAGUUAGCAUAUGUGUGUCUAAACCUGUUGUGAACUAUUUUAUAUUUACAUAUUGGUGAAUUUAGCAAAACCCAGGUCAUAUUCUAUUAUAUUGACUGAAAAAAGCCAUAUGUCACUUCAGCACCAUUAAUUAAUAUAUGAACACCAUAAAAUCUUUUUUUUUUUCAAUUUGGAACCAUUUUCUGUGUAGGUGCGUAUAGUUAUUUUGUUUCAUAAUUUUGUUAGGUUAAGCGUAAAGUCUCAUCAUUUGAGAAGACAUGAGCCUGACCACUCUUUUAUGCAUCUCACAGUCGUUUCAGUAAAUUUCUUUAUAGCCACAACUACUGGUUUGCAAAUGCUGUAGACAACAAGUGUUUCUCCCCAAAGGCAUCAAGAGGUGUUUCUGCUCAAUAGUGUUAUUUUGUCGGCAGUCUUACGACGACGGGCAUAUGAUGAAGAAGACAAGAUAUCUUUUAGCUUUUUAGUAUUUUGUCUCAAUUUUAAUUUUACAUUGGAAAUGUACAUAGAAAAUCAGCCUACUUUUCAUGAUAAGGGUAAGAUUCUACCACUGUGAUAUUAGACACUAAUGUAACGCCAUGGCGUCAUCAUCAUCAUCUGUAGCACAUCGCCACAAGAGUAUUUUAUAGUGUAGACCCAUUUUUUUGUUACUCUUUUCUCUUUAUUUUUAUUAUUAAAAUCACUCAGUCUCGAAAGCAUAAUCUAUAGCAUCAAGUGGAAAACCCAUGACAGGAUUGAAAGGAAAUGAGAACUUUGAAACGUGAACAGGAAAGCACUGAAAAUUAUAAUGUUAAUAAAGGAAGACGGCAAAGGCUUGUGGUUUAUUAAUCUUGCCAGAACUGCUAAAAUCUUAAGUUUGAUCGCAAUACCCCAUUUUCUCUGCACCUCACAUAAAAGUGUAAGUGUGAACAGUUUAUAAAAGUGAGAGGAAAGAAUUACAAAGCAAAGGACGAAAUCGUCGUUACAAUCCAUUUUUUAAAAACAUAAUGGGAAAGUAUGAAUUAUGGACGCAAAUACUUCUAAUCAACAUUUUUAUUACGGUAUAUAGCAAGAACUGACUUUGACAGGCAACUGUAAUAUAUUACUGUAAGACCACUGUAAAGGUGUGACAUUUUCUGAAAUCUUAUCAUAGACUUGUACUCUCCUCGGGGGUAUAUUUUCCCACGAUCUUGGAUGUAUAAUUUCUCUACGUUCUUAAUUUAUACUUAGUGACAUGUAGAUAGAUGGACUUGUAUUUCUGUGCAUCAGACUAGUCACAGAGAUGGUCAUGUAAUAUAUUAUAAUGUGAUAUUUUUCUCCCUUGUUCCCGUGAUUAUGAGAUGGAAUGGUUUUUUUCUAUCUCAGUCCACCCCCCUUCCCCCCACCCUCUACCCAUGCUGGUGGUGAAACAAAAUAAAGUACAAACAAGAACCCAAAA